CGUAGGGGGGACGGACUGACCAUUCUUCCGGGUCCAGAAGGUGAUCUCCGCCCGUGCUCAGAAUCCAGGGGCCCGGGGCUGUAGGUAGGAGUUAGGUGGGUAGGGUCCCUUAACCUGGGUUGUCCGGUGCAGGUGGUGGGUGUUGUUUCGUCUAACGUGUCAGUGGCACAAAUCACGCGAACUUCAUAAACAUUGUGCGUUCGGAAGCCUUUCCAAGAUGCAUUUAAUCCCUGCGUGAGCCCACGUUAGGCAUUCACGAAGGCAUGUGCGCUGUUCUCUCGGAAGCGGCUGGCCGGCUUCCCCUCCUCGCGCGCGGCUGUGGGUGCAGGUCCUCACGUCCCAGCCUCCCAUGGGCCCAAGGCCUUCUGGGCUCCAAUUUGAGGCGAGCCACCCCAGAUCCUUAAUUUUUCUGCAGUGAUUUAUUUUUACCUUUCAGAGAUCCGGAAAAUGAGGCCCAUAGGAAACAAGUGACUUGCUGAGUCCAGAUAACACUUACUGUCAGAAGUCUUGCUCUGUCUCCCAGGCUGGAGUGCAGUGGCGUGAUCUUGGCUCACUGCAACCUCUGUCUCCCGGGUUCAAGAAAUUCUCCUGCCUCAGCCUCCCAAGUAGCUGGGACUACAGGCAUGUGCCACCACGCCCAGGAGAAACAUGAACCAGAAGCUACUGAAGUUGGAGAACUUGCUACGAUUUCACACUAUUUAUAGGCAACUGCACAGUCUGUGUCAAAGAAGAGCAUUAAGACAGUGGAGGCAUGGGUUUUCAUCUGCUUACCCUGUGUGGACAGCUCAACUGUAUGCCUGGUCCUGGCCAACAGAUGUGCUCACUGGGGCUGCUUUAUCUCAGUAUAGGCUUCUAGUAACAAAAAAGGAAGAAGGACCAUGGAAAUCUCAGUUAUCUUCAACAAAAUCUAAAAAGGUGGUAGAAGUAUGGAUUGGAAUGACUAUUGAGGAACUGGCCAGGGCAAUGGAAAAAAACACAGAUUAUGUAUAUGAAGCUUUAUUGAACACUGAUAUUGACAUAGAUUCACUGGACGCAGACUCACAUUUAGAUGAAGUCUGGAUCAAAGAAGUGAUAACGAAGGCAGGGAUGAAGUUAAAGUGGAGUAAAUUAAAACAGGACAAAGUCAGAAAAAAUAAAGAUGCUGUAAGAAGGCCCCAGGCAGAUCCAGCUUUAUUAACCCCAAGGUCCCCAGUUGUUACUAUAAUGGGCCAUGUUGAUCACGGGAAAACGACAUUACUUGACAAAUUUCGAAAAACUCAAGUGGCAGCAAUGGAAACUGGAGGCAUCACUCAGCACAUUGGUGCCUUUCUUGUCUCUCUGCCUUCUGGGGAAAAGAUAACUUUUCUUGAUACUCCAGGACAUGCUGCUUUCUCAGCAAUGAGAGCCAGAGGUGCUCAGGUCACUGACAUUGUCAUAUUGGUUGUAGCUGCAGAUGAUGGAGUGAUGAAACAAACUGUAGAAUCUAUUCAGCAUGCCAAAGAUGCACAGGUUCCUAUUAUCCUUGCCAUAAAUAAAUGUGACAAAGCUGAGGCUGAUCCUGAGAAAGUGAAAAAAGAGCUGCUGGCUUAUGAUGUGGUAUGUGAAGAUUAUGGAGGUGAUGUUCAAGCAGUGCCCGUCUCCGCACUUACGGGCGAUAACCUGAUGGCUUUGGCAGAAGCAACAGUUGCUCUUGCAGAAAUGUUAGAAUUGAAAGCAGAUCCCAAUGGUCCAGUGGAAGGAACAGUAAUAGAGUCUUUCACAGACAAAGGAAGAGGUCUUGUUACUACAGCUAUAAUUCAAAGAGGAACUUUAAGAAAAGGCUCUGUUCUGGUUGCUGGAAAAUGUUGGGCAAAAGUACGCUUAAUGUUUGAUGAAAAUGGAAAAACAAUUGAUGAGGCCUAUCCCAGCAUGCCAGUGGGAAUUACAGGCUGGAGAGACCUUCCUUCUGCAGGAGAAGAAAUUCUUGAAGUAGAAUCUGAGCCAAGGGCACGUGAAGUUGUUGACUGGAGGAAAUAUGAACAAGAACAGGAGAAAGGUCAGGAGGAUCUGAAAAUAAUAGAAGAAAAGCGAAAGGAACACCAAGAAGCACAUCAGAAAGCCCGUGAGAAGUAUGGCCAUCUACUGUGGAAGAAGAGAUCAAUUCUACGGUUUUUAGAAAGGAAAGAACAAAUACCCUUAAAGCCAAAAGAGAAAAGGGAAAGAGAUUCAAAUGUACUUUCUGUGAUUAUUAAAGGUGAUGUUGAUGGUUCUGUUGAGGCCAUUUUGAACAUUAUAGAUACCUAUGAUGCUUCACACGAGUGUGAACUAGAAUUAGUACAUUUUGGAGUGGGUGAUAUAAGUGCAAAUGAUGUUAACCUUGCUGAAACAUUUGAUGGUGUUAUAUAUGGCUUUAAUGUGAAUGCAGGCAAUGUUAUCCAACAGUCAGCUGCAAAAAAAGGAGUAAAAAUUAAACUUCACAAAAUAAUUUACCGUCUUGUUGAAGAUUUGCAAGAGGAACUGAGCAGCAGAUUACCCUGUGCUGUGGAAGAGCACCCAGUAGGUGAGGCAUCUAUACUAGCUACCUUCUCUGUAACAGAAGGGAAGAAAAAAGUUCCUGUGGCUGGCUGCAGAGUCCAAAAGGGACAGUUAGAAAAACAAAAAAAAUUUAAACUAACCCGUAAUGGACAUGUAAUUUGGAAGGGCUCAUUAACCUCAUUGAAACACCAUAAAGAUGACAUUUCAAUUGUCAAAACGGGAAUGGAUUGUGGUCUCAGUUUAGAUGAAGACAAUAUGGAAUUUCAAGUGGGAGACAGAAUUGUUUGUUAUGAAGAAAAGCAAAUUCAAGCCAAGACUUCUUGGGAUCCAGGAUUUUAAAAUUACAUUAAAAAUGUAAAUAACUCAA